AUUCUACCAAGCUCUAAAGGAGACUCAUCCUCACCUGGUCAUGGACCUCCUUGAGAACUCAGGCAGUGUCUCUUUGGGUACCUGACAUUGGUCUCCUCUAUCAGUUCUGAUCAAACACCCAUUCACAGAGCAGAACUACCUGGCAGAGAUGAGAAGCCACUGGUCUCCUGCUUGCAACAACAGAAGAUAGUCUUGAAGCAAUAAGAACACAGUCUGUUCAGAGAAGCAGUAUCCGAGAGCUCCGUCACCAUGGAACAAUCUCAGCCCAAGAAGAAAAGUCGCACAAAGGUGGCUCAGCAUGAGGGUCAACUAAAUUUGAACCCCACCUUCAAAACAAGGAAACGUAAAGAGGUGGAGCUGAUGAAGCGCAGACCCAAGCCAGAGGGACACUUGAAGCUAGGGACAAUUCCAAAAGUACACAUAAAACAAAAAGGAGAGACUCUGGACCCCACAUGGUCAAGGAAAAGAAAGAAUCUGGUCCAAAAGUUAACAAACCUACUACUCUUUGAAAAAUUGUGCUCAAGAGGCUCAGAAAACUUGAUCAGGAAAAGCUGGUAUUCAUGUGAAGAAGAAGAAAGAGGACAUAUGAUUGAGAUCCAAGACUUAUUUGGCCCAAACAGAGGUACCCAUAAAAAGCCUCAAUUAGUCAUAAUAGAGGGUGCUGCUGGAAUUGGGAAGUCAACACUGGCCAGGCAGGUGAAGAGAGCCUGGAAGGAAGGCCAGCUCUACAGGAAUCACUUCCAGCAUGUCUUCUUCCUCAGUUGCAGGGAGCUGGCCCAGUAUGAGCAGCUGAGUCUGGCUGAGCUCAUAGCACAAGGCCAGGAAGUGCCCACCGUUCCCAUCAGGCAGAUCCUGUCUCACCCUAAGGAGCUGCUCUUCAUCCUGGAUGGCAUAGAUGAGCCAGCAUGGGUCUUGGCAGACCAGAAUCCUGAGCUAUGUCUGCACUGGAGUCAAAGACAGCCUGUGCACACUCUGCUGGGCAGUUUACUAGGGAAAUCCAUCCUUCCUGGGGCUUCCUUCUUGCUCACAGCUCGGACCACAGCUCUACAGAAGAUCAUUCCUUAUGUGGGGCAGCCACGUCGGGUGGAAGUCCUGGGGUUCUCCAAGUUUGAACGGGAGGUCUAUUUCCGCAAAUAUUUUGUGAAGGAGAGCGAUGCAAUUGCUGCUUUUAGAUUGGUGGUAUCUAACCCAGUGCUCCUGACCCUGUGUGAGGUUCCCUGGGUGUGCUGGUUGGUCUGCACUUGCCUGAAAAAGCAGAUGGAGCAGGGUGGAGAGCUCUCCCUGACCUCACAGACCACCACAGCCCUCUGCCUGAAAUACCUUUCCCUGACAAUCCCAGGGCAGCACAUGAGGACCCAGCUCAGAGCCCUCUGCUCACUGGCUGCUGAGGGGAUCUGCCAAAGAAGAACCCUGUUCAGUGAAAGCGACCUCUGUAAGCAAGGGUUAGCAGAGGAUGCCAUUGCCACUUUCCUGAAGAUCGGUAUCCUUCAAAAGCAGGCCAGCUCUCUGAGCUACAGCUUUGCCCACUUGUGUCUCCAGGAGUUCUUUGCAGUCAUGUCUUACAUCUUGGAGGAUAGUGAUGAAAGAUGUGAUGGUAUGGAAUUCAAAAGAACUGUGGAAACACUGAUAGAAGUAUAUGGAAGACAUACUCUGUGUGAGGAACCCACUGUGCACUUUCUAUUUGGUCUUGUGAAUGAACAGGGAAUGAGAGAAAUGAAAAAGAUCUUUGACUGCAAACUGCCUUUGGGGACAGAGUUGAAGAUGCUAAAGAGCACCCUAGGGAACCCAACCUAUCAACAUCAUCUGGGUUUGCUCCACUGUCUGUAUGAAAGUCAGGAAGAGGUGCUCCUGACAUAUGUGUUAUGUAAUCUUCACUUAACAGGGCCUGACAAAAAUUACAUGGAAGCCACAGUGUCACAGACAAAUGUGAAGCACCUGGUGAUACAGACAGAUAUGGAGCUCAUGGUGGUCACUUUCUGCAUUCAGUUCUGUUGUCACGUGAGGAGUCUUCGGGUGAACAUGAAAGGACAGCAGGGACAUAAGCUGACAGUUGCCAGUAUGGUUCUGUCUCCUCUAUGAGUUCUGAUUAAAUACCCAUUCCCAGAGCAGAAAUUUCUGGCCAUGACAAGAAGACACUGCUCUCCUGCUUGCAACAUCAGAAGAGAGUCUUGAAGAAAUAAGAGCACAAACUGCUCAGAGAAACAGUAUCUGAGGGCUCUGUACCAUGGAAGAAUCUCAGUACAAGCAGGAACAUAACAAAAAGGUAGCUCAGGAUGAAGGUCAAGAGGACAAGGACACCAUCUUCGAAACAAUAGAAGCUAUAGAGGCAAAGCUGAUGGAGCUCAAAACCAACCCAGAGAGUACCUUCAAUUAUGGUAAGUACAAGAGCAACCCCAGCUCAUCACUCUGUGGCCCCUUCACCACCACUCCUGCCAAGGUUUCCAUGGGCAGGUUAGCCUCCUGUCAAAGUUUACAGGUGCAGGAGAACAGGAAGGCUUUCAGAAGCCCCUAACUGAACUCUACAGUACACUUUGUUCUACAGAAGUACAUGCUCAGAUUCCCAUGUGAUGCUCAAAGCCCCUUGGAAGGAGCAUCCUGAAGCUCUAGUGGGGAGAAUCAGGCAUGCAGAGGUCUAUAAGAAGGUCAUCAUAGGGGCUGAGGCAGCUCCAGAGAAGAACAAUUAGGGACAGCAACAUUAAAAGCCUAGACUUUAGAUCUCCAAUCUUCCUCAAUGUAUCCAUCUGGUAAAGGUGCAUAUGAGCAUCUGCCUCCUUAGGCUGUAGCACUUGAGUGAUAAUUCAUGUCAAAUAUUAAACAGCCUGAUAGUCAAUAAUUGCUCAAUAAUUCUAAGUACAAGACCAUGCUAUUGUUGCUCUUAUUAUAGUGUGCAACCCUAAAAGCUCAAAACCACACAUGAGGGAGCUGAGAUUCAGAAAGGAAUAGAGACUCACACAGAGGACCAGACUAGACCUAGGAGGGGUAUGUGAACUUCAUGGUCCCAAAGAAGGACUGUUUCACAGCAGCAUUUAUGAAUACCUCAUUGUCCCCAUGUGUCCAUGGAGAAGGGUAUGAGGGUAAGCAUGAAGGACCCCAGCAGUUAUCACACCUCUACCCUUGCCUCUCUGACCAACACACAACCACUGUCUCCUUCCCAUAGGACGUUCUUCCUCAUUACUCAAACUGAGGAAAGGGGAGAGAGAGAGAGAGAGAGAGAGAGAGAGAGAGAGAGAGAGAGAGAGAAUAAAGGAAGGGAGGGAGGGAGGAAACAAUGGAAGAAAGAAAGAAAAGAAAAAAAGAAAAAAACCCUCAACAUGCAGUCCCCUACCUACACACCUCAUCAAAGCUAUCAAGCUCAGACCUUGAGUCUGGGAGACAUUUUCAAAUAUUAAAGGAGAAAUUAAUUGAACGCUAACAAGUCUGGAUGCAGAAGAAGAAAAGUUUAACUAGCCUGAAGCUGUGGAUGAAACUUUGAGACACACACAUGUGGUUCUUCCCAUGUGAGCUGCACCCCCACUCCUGGUGUGGGUCACUGGGACGAGGAACUCCAAUACAAGGCCAGAGCACCAAGGUGGAGAGCUAAGAGUCACAGACUAGAAAUGAUUCUCCUUGCUCUGUAGCAGUGACUGCAUUUACAGGUGGGGAAAAUGGAGCCCAUGCAGGACAGCAGUGAGCCUAGCCCAAAUGACACCCAGAGCUCAGCUCAGAAUCUGCUUGGGCACUGAAAAUCCUGGGGGUCAGGGAGGUCCUGAAGUUCCAAGAAGGUCAUGUCUAUUGAGGUGGACCAGAGAAGAGGGUAUGCUCCUGCCUCCGCUUCAGCCAGUUUCUUCUACUGAGUUCCCUUAUUUCAUUUGCAGUUACACAUACCAUGCCUUUGCCUCCUCCUCUUCGUGAGGAUCAAAAUAGCCACCUCUCUCCAGUGUACAAAGUCUACAGGGAAAUUAACUUUUUAAAGCUCACAGUACAUAGACACAGACAUAGGGCUGGAAUCUAGAACAAUCAGUAACUAAGGAGUGGCUUUCUCCUCCUCCAUCCACUGCUGCUCUGUGAAAGUCCUGCCUACACCCAACCCUUAUCUUUCCUUCAAAGUCCAUUCUUCCCAUCCCACCUUGAGCUGGCAGAAACACAGAUCACAGCCAGCCUGAGCUACACAGUGAAGUCUAUUAAAAUUAUUAUCCAGGAGUACUAGUGGCUUAUCAUGGUAUUGGGACGGAAGCAGUUUAUACAGGAAAGGCUCACAGAUCAAGAGUGGUCCAUCAGGGAACAAAAGCCAUAGCAACCAUGACUGACACGGCUAGUCAUAUGUGCUAGUUGGGGAAAAGAGACAGAUGAAUGCUGCUGCUCAACCUACUUUUCCUUUCCUUUCAGUCCAGAACUCCAGCACUAGGAAUGAUGACCCAUACAAAUAGAGUGGAUCUACCUAAUUAAUCUAACCCCAUCUAUCACAAAACGUCCCAGGGAUAAUUGUUCUGGGUGCUUCUAGAUUGUGACAUUGACAGUGCUAGCCUGGCACCAUCUCACAGGAUCAUUGUAAGAGUUCAAAGUGUAAGUGUCAUAAGCCCUGUGGGAGUUCUGUAACUAGAUGCUUCCUCCCUGUCCUUUCUCAUUGGGAGAACCUAUUCACUCCUUUGCCAAGCUUUUCCAGCCCCAACCCACCAGGGCAUGAGUUUCCAGGUGAACUUACCCAAUCUUCCAACAUCAGAGGGUGUGACUGAGGACUGGAAACCUCAAUCCAACCUACCACUAGCAAUCAAGAAGGUUCAAGUUGACCUCUGGCUGAAAGUUUAAACUCACUGUCCAGGUGAGAUGAGCUCCUUAAGGUGACACAAAAACAUGGGCAGAAUAAACAGCAAGAACCCAAGAAUUGGAUAGCCCUAGACAGAACCUUAGAACUCCUGACCCUGGACUCUCACUGUUGGGCCUCACCACUGCUCCCAGGAGGCCCUUGGAAUUAAAGUUAUUAUCUUCCAUCAUGAGAAUACAGCUUGGCUUUCUGAGAAGACAAUUGGCAAACAGGAGAAUCCAUUCCUCAUUACUUAGGUGGCCAAGGGGUAAUCAGGAGUUUCCUUACCACACCGUUCAUGCCAGGCUCAAUGCCAGGACUUAACUUACAUCAUGUUUACGCUUCAAUCUCACAACCAACCUUGAGAGAGAGAAUACUAUUGUCCCAUCUUGGGGACAAGGAGGGCAAGGGUUUGAGAGAUAAAGGCUCACAGUUGAAGAACAGUUGCUUUCCUUCACUGUCAUGAUUCAAACCCAUUUUUGUAAAUACACAUUUAUUAAUUAAUUGAACUAAUUGUUCUUUUUUACUUUUUAUUUACUCUUCUCUCUUACAACACAUUCUGGCCACAGCUUCCUCAGACUCCAUUCCCCCUAAUUCCCUCCCACACCUCCACAUCUCCCUCCCAAUCCAUUCCUGCUCCAUUUCCCCUCAGAGAGAAGUAAGCUUUUCAGGAAUAUCAACUGAACACAGCAUUCAAGAUGAAAUGAACCAGGCACAAUCCCUCAUGUCAAGGCUGACCAAGAAAACCCUGUAUGAAGAACAGGGUUCCAAAACAGACAAUAAUCAAAGACAUUGCCUCUCCAACUGUUUGUAGUCCCAGAAAAAUACCAAACCAAACAACCACAGCAUGUAUGCAGAGGACAUAGUUUAGACCCAUGCAGGCCCCAUGACUGUCACUUCAAUCUCUGUGAGACUCUGUGAGCCCUGAUUAGUUGAUUGUGUUUCAUAGGCUCUGAUCAUCUGUUGUCCUUAAACCCACAAGCACCUACCAUCCUUUCUCUCCCUUUUCCAAGGGGUUCCCCAAGCUCCAUCUAGAAAUCCUGCACCUGCAGUCUCACUUCUGGACCAUGACACUGCUCCCAAGAGGCCCCUGGAAUUAAGAGCAGUGUCCUUGCCCUUAUGUCUGCCUGUGGGUCUCUGUAUUUUCUCCCAUCAACUUCAAGAGGAAAACUCUCUGAUGGUGAUGGAGCUAAGGCAGCAACCUCUGAGUACAACAGAAUAUCAUUAGGAAUCAUUUCAUUGACAUAGUAUUGUUGUUCCAUCGUGUUUGGUUCUAGCCUAGGUCUCUAGGCCAUCAUGAUUCCAAUUCCUGGCCAUCCAGGCCCUGUAGGCAUGAGCUUCCUCUUUGGCCAGGGCCUUAAGUUAGAAAUUCAUUGAAUGGCCACUCCCUCAAGCAUAUUUUGCAUAUACAACAGCUUGUGGGACAAAGGUUUUGUGAGUGGGUUGGUUUCCCAGUCCUACAACUGGAAGAUUUGCCUCCUUAAAAAAACGAAUAAUGGACUUUUGCAGCCAGAGGAUAGGGAUCUGCCCAGUGGGCUCAGGAGUGCUUUGCCUGAGCAUCGGCAGCAGACAUCUUGGUUACAGGAACCCGCCUAGUGUAUCCUGCACAGGUGAGAGUACGAAAUACAGAAGCUAAAAGCUUCUGGGACAGGCGGGAACCACAGAGCUUCUAAGGCAGCCCCCUUUUCCGGCCCCAGGCAGCGCUUUGCCUGAGCAUCGGCAGCAGACAUCUUGAGACAUCUUGGUUCCGGGAUCCCUCCGAGUGUAUCCUGCACAGCUCCAGAGAAUACCAGAUGGCGAAAGGCAAACGAAAGAAUCCUACUAACAGAAAUCAAGACCACUCACCAUCAUCAGAACGCAGCACUCCCACCCCACCUAGUCCUGGGCACCCCAACACAACCGAAAAGCUAGACCCGGAUUUAAAAGCAUAUCUCAUGAUGAUGGUAGAGGACAUCAAGAAGGACUUUCAUAACUCACUUAAAGGAAUUCAGGAGAAAACUGCUAAUGAGUUACAAGUCCUAAAAAAAAAAAAAAAAAAAAAAAAAAAAAAAAAAAAA